CGACUAUGCAACACUUCAUUAAACAAGCAUUCUGCAGGAGAGAAAAGAAGAUCAAAAGCAAUACUCCACAAUGAAUACUUCUUUUAUUGUUUUAGCCUGCCUCUGCUUUGCAUUAGAAGUGAAAGGUCAGGCUGGAUCUCCUAAGGGCAGGUGUUUUUGUGCUGGUAAAUGUGUGAACAUGGUUCUUCCCAGAAAGAUUGAGAUUGUUGAAAUCAUACCACCAAGUCCUUCUUGUGAAAAACAGGAGAUUGUUGUUACUAUAAAGAAUGGUUCAGAAAAGAAAUGCCUGAAUCCAGAAUCUAAAUUCACGCAGAAUUACAUCAGGAAAUUGCUUGAAAGAAGGAUCCAGGAAAGGAACAGCCUACAAUAUCAAUCUUGAUAUUUUCAUGAACAACACCUUGACGAAAGCACCAUGCAAUCAGCAACUAACCAUCCUUCCAUCUUCUUACUCUCAAGAGUUUUACCUGCUUAUUACAUAACAUCUUUUUAAUGCACUUUCAAAAAAAUGUAUACAAAUUCAUUAUCAUUGAAAGAAUCAGUUAGUUAUUAAGUUUGAACAAUACAAGUAAAAUGUCUUAUCUCAACGUGUCAUACUAUUAACAAUGUUAAUGAUGUAAAUUAUUUCUAUAGAGGGCAGAUAAUAAUAUUUGAAUGUUUGUAUACAUUUUGAAAAUCAAUGCAAAUUCUAACAUUAAAUCUACAGUUAAAUCCGCAACCAGAAAAGACAGAAAAACAAAGAAAAUAUUUGCCAAAAUAAUUUUGUACAUUUCUAGGGUAAACCAAAAGUAGGAACGUUUUUGGGGCAUUGUCUUUGUACUAUCUCUUAUUCAAAAUAAAGCCACAACAAACAUUAU